GAGAAGAGUUGUUGUUUCUCCACGACGACAAUUGCCCUUUCCUUCCGAAUCAGCCUCAUCGAUCCCUCCCACAGAGGCCACACACGCAAGCAGUCCUCCUCGACCACGACAAGCCUCACCACCCAUCCGAACCCGCCACGAGCCAACCGCCAGGAUAGUCUCCUUGCGCUCCGACUCGCCCGCCAGCAUGUCUACCUCCACAUCCGCCAUCAAACUUCGCCGCAAGAAGAAUGUCAAAAAGGGAAUCCAGUUCUGUCUGAUGGUCUGCGGCGCUUCCGGCACCGGUCGCACCACAUUCGUCAACACUCUCUGCGGCCGUCAGGUCCUCACACCGCUCGAUGCCGAUGAUCCCACCACCGCGCACGUCGAAGAGGGCGUCAAGAUCAAGCCUGUGACCGUCGAGCUGGAGUUGGACGAGGAAGGCACUCGUGUCUCACUCACCAUCGUCGACACACCCGGCUUCGGCGACAGCAUUGACAACGAGGCUUCCUUCAGCGAGAUCUCCACCUUUUUGGAGAGGCAAUAUGAUGACAUCUUGGCUGAAGAGAGCAGAAUCAAGCGCAACCCGCGAUUCCGUGAUAACAGAAUCCACAUUCUUCUGUACUUCAUCGCGCCAACAGGCCAUGGUCUCCGCGAACUCGACAUUGAGCUCAUGCGCCGUCUCAGCCCUCGUGUCAACGUCAUUCCCGUCAUCGGCAAGGCCGACUCCCUCACGCCACUCGAACUCGCCGAGAGCAAAAAGCUCAUCAUGGAGGACAUCGAGCACUACCGCAUUCCCGUCUACAACUUCCCAUACGACAUUGAAGAGGAUGAUGAGGAUACCGUGGAGGAGAACGCCGAGCUUCGCGGCCUGAUGCCAUUCGCUAUUGUCGGCUCGGAUGAGGUCAUUGAGCUCGACGGCAAGCGUGUGCGUGCUCGCCAAUACCCAUGGGGUGUGGUGGAAGUUGAUAACCCGCGCCACUCCGACUUCCUCGCGAUUCGCUCCGCUCUUCUCCACUCCCAUCUCGCCGAUCUCAAGGAAAUCACCCACGACUUCCUCUACGAGAACUACCGUACCGAGAAGUUGUCUAAGAGCGUGGCCGGUGGAAGCGACAUGACAGGCUUGGACAACGGCGACAGCCUCGACCCACAGAGCUUGGCCAGCCAGUCUGUGCGUCUGAAGGAAGAGCAACUGCGCCGUGAGGAGGAGAAGUUGCGCGAGAUUGAGGUCAAGGUGCAGCGUGAGAUCAACGAGAAGAGGCAGGAACUGCUUGCUCGUGAGUCUCAACUCAAGGAGUUGGAAUCCCGCAUGAACCGGGAGCACACUCCCAGCAGCCAGCCUGUGGGUGGUGACGACGACGAGAGUGUUGGAGGAGCGCAGCACUGA